AUGGAUCUAUCCUGCUCUACGCUCAACUACAGCACGCAAAGCUGGAGUUCUCCCAGCUCUGACUCCGAAAUCUAUAACAUCUCGUCUCCAGAAGCCGUGUCUCCACUGAACUGUCUGGACUUCUCACCGGUCAACAAGCCUCAGGACGGUCAGCCGUCCCCAAGCGGUCAAAUAUUCCAGGAGGAGGGCCGAGCGAGGACGCGCUCCAAAAACCCAAGCAAGCAGAGACAAAACGCCAGCGAGAAGGAGAAGCUGAGGAUGAGGGACCUCACCAAAGCUCUCCACCACCUGAGGAGCUUCCUGCCUCCGUCCGUGGCUCCAGCCGGACAAACGCUGACCAAAAUCGAAACCCUGCGCCUCACCAUCCGCUACAUCUCCUACCUGUCGUCCCAGCUGGGCCUUGGAGAGGAGCCGCUCUGCCAGAGGGGCGACCUGGGACCCCCUCGCAGUGGGAUGUGUCAUUACAGCUCGAUUCCUGGAGCCUGGAGGCCGAUGCCUGGAGCAGAAGCGCACACAGAGGCUUUCAGACCCCUGAGUCAUCACGGCAUGACGGCAGCUGGAGCUCAGGACGCGAUGGACAUGGCCUUCUUCAGCUCCAGAGAUGUCCUGGACUCCAUGCUGGAGUGUCAGAUGUACCCAGACACACCCUUCUCAUACCAGGACUGCAGUAAAGCUGUGCACUAUGAGAGUGUGGGCCCGGCCUUCUGGAGCUGA